AUGGUCGAGGCCCAGAUGGCCCGUAUAUUCCGGCAGCUGACGGCGGGCCAAGCCUCAGCGUCGCUGCAUCGACAGCUUGUCGCCGCCUUCGCGGAGGACUGGGUCCAGCUCAAGUCCAACAGCACAUGCUACCUUUGUCUGCGGCGCGCUCCGCAGGUCUUUCCCGCGUGCGGCCACGGUCACUGUCUAAACUGUGUCGAGGUAUUUGGCAUCGCAAGCGCGGCCGACCCGUGGCUCAUCGAAGUGGCCGAGUGCAUCCUCUGCGGACAAAACGUUGACAUGCAGGUACAUGUGAAGCCGGACACCGCGUCGGUGCGGGUCUUGUGUAUCGACGGCGGCGGAACGCGGGGCAAGUACCCCCUCAAGGUAUUGAAGCAGCUCGAAGACGACAUCGGGCUGCCCGGCCAUCCGGUACAGCAGAACUUUGACGUCGUCUUCGGGACGAGCUCAGGUGCCAUCAGCGCCGGCGCCCUCUGCAUCAACGGGUGGACGGUGGAUGAGUGCAUCGCCCGCUUCGAGUCCCUUUCGAACGAUGCGUUCACGCCUCGCCGGGUUCCGUCUGUUCCCAUCAUAGGCCCUCUCAUACGACUGAUGAUGCGGAUCCCCUUUUUUGCCACAGUUGUGCGUACCGCAGCCUUGCUUCUCUUCGACAGCAGGUACCCGUCGAAGCACAUCGAGAAGGCUUUGCGAGACAUGUUCGGCUCCGGCAGAAGCAUCGCCGACUACUCGGCGGCCGACACGAUGGGUGCCAUGGUUGGCAUGACGGUUGCUACCGUGCAAGACGCAAGCGCCUGCAUCUUCACCAGCUACAACGGAGUGGGCCAGCGGGCCGGCGAUCGCGAUUAUGAACUCUUGAGGACGACCGCCGAUGGGGACCGCCUGGCUUUGUGGGAGAUCUAUUUCACGCCUUGGUCUAUUGACGGCCUCGGCACCUUCCAGGACGGCGGCUUAGUGGCCAACAACCCGUCCUCGAUCGCGCUGCAAGAGGUGGCCUCCCUUUUCCCUGAAGCGCCAGACCCAAGCCUUCUGGCCUCGAUGGGCACUGGCUCCUCCUCGAGCUCGCCCAGCGGCGGGUGGCGGGACUGUUUCCUCUUCCGCCUGGCGCGAGCGUUCCGGAACCGCGACAAGAACGACUGGCAGCGGGUCGUCGCACAGAAGAAGGUGGGUCGAUCCGGUGAGUUCUUCCGCUUCGAUGUCGAGUUCGACGGCUCCGAGCCGCCAUUGGACAGCUUGUCCAGCUUCGACGACGAAGAAGAUGAUGGGUGCACCUUUGAAGGCCUCCCCGCCCUAAGA